AUGGCCGACUCUGGUGACGUUAGCUAUCCAAACACGGGCAGCCUCAGCGAUGUGGUGACAAAGGGCCCGGUUAUCGAUACCGUCAAGUCUGAAGCUUCCAAGACCAGCGGCGAGCUUCGCAACCUGAAAAACUCACGGGUGACCCCCUCGACUACCACCGACAAUGACCAGCCUUUGACCCACUACCACUCCUUGCUGUAUAGCCUGUUGAGCUGGGAGCAACCCCGUGCGACCGCCGUUUCCUACGCCAGCGUUGUCGGCUUAAUUUUCGCCGCCCGCUACCUGCCUCUCCUCCGCUGGGCCUUCAAGAUUUUGUACAUGUCGUUGGGAUUGACCGCCACGGUUGAGAUUGUCGGCCAUGUCAUUCUCAAGCAGGGUAUCGCUAGCUCUUUCCGUCCCCGCCGCUACUACACCAUCCCCAAGGAGACACAUGAGGCCAUUUUUGAGGACCUGUCGCAGCUCGCGGACUUCUUCCUGAUCGAGUUCCAGCGCAUCCUGUUCGCCGAGAAUGCCGCCCACACCGUCGGUGCUUUCCUCGCAGCCUUCACCGGCUACUGGCUGAUCCGCUUCGUCCCGAUCUGGGGCCUGGCCGUGAUUUCCGUGACCAUCGCCUACUUCGGUCCCCUGGUAUACAUCAGCAACCGUGAGAUUAUCGACGAGCAGAUCGCCAACCUCCAGUCUAUCGUCAGCUCCCAGACCAACCAACUGAAGGAUCUGGCCGGCGAACACACCUCCCACGCCACCGGCGUCAUGAAGCAGUACGUCGGCGAGUACAGCUCCAAGGCUCAGGAGUAUAUCGGCCGCCGGUCCGCCUCUCCCGAGAUGAGCAAGGUUGCCCCGACCCCCGUGAAGACUGAGCCCGUCUCGGAGCCCGUGAUCAAGACCGAGGACUUCCCGGAAGCCCCCAAGGUCGAGCCCCUUGCCCAGUCCGUGGAGUUGACCGAGCCGGCUCAGCAGGCCGAGCGGGAGCCUCUCCUGGCCAUUUAA